GUAAACGGUGGCUUGAAGUGUGCGGCAGAUGAUGGCCAUGGUUUAUGGAUUCCUACGUGAGAUAGAUCACUGUUGAUGUGAAUGCGGUGGAGGGGGUGGAUGGCGUCCAGGCCGCGUCCCCCUCCCCUCAGUCUUUCUCCUCCGACACAUAAAGGAAUCCGGCACAGACGUCCCGGUGGUCAUCCUGACGACUCCUCACGUUCGGCCCACGCAGCUACCUGAGCGCCACCAUGACGGAACGCUUCGACUGCUACUACUGCCGGGAAAACCUGCAGGGCAAGAAGUACAUCCAGAAGGAUGAGAAGCACGUCUGCGUGCGCUGCUUCGAAAAGCUGUGUGCCAACACCUGCGCCGAGUGCCGUCGCCCCAUUGGUGCCGACUCCAAGGAGCUGCACCAUAAGAAUCGCCACUGGCACGAAGACUGUUUCCGCUGUGCCAAGUGCUACAAGCCCCUGGCCAACGAGCCCUUCAGCACCAAGGACGACAAGGUGCUGUGCGGGAAGUGCUGUGCCCGUGAGGAAGGCAAUCGCUGCCAGACCUGCUACAAGGUGAUCACACCAGGUACUAAGAGCGUGGAGUACAAGCACAAGAUGUGGCAUGAGGAGUGCUUCACCUGCCUUUACUGCAAGCAGCAGAUCAACACGCAGAGCUUCCACACUAAGGGUGAUGAGAUCUACUGCACCGCCUGCCAUGAGAAGAAGUUCUCCAAGAACUGUGCACACUGCAAGGAGCCCAUAACCUCGGGGGGGAUCAGCUACCAGGACCAGCCCUGGCACGCGGAGUGCUUUGUCUGUCUGACAUGCCGCAAGCCGCUGGCUGGGGCGCGCUUCACCGCGGUGGAGGACAAGAUGUACUGCGUGGAUUGCUACAAGACCUCCGUGGCCAAGAAGUGCAGUGGCUGCCAGAACCCCAUCACAGGAUUCGGAAAGGGCACCAAUGUGGUGAACUACGAGGGCAACUCCUGGCAUGAGUACUGCUUCAACUGUAAGAGGUGCUCCCUGUCACUGGCCAACAAGCGCUUUGUGGCGCAUGGGGAGGCCAUCUACUGCCAAGACUGUGCCAAGAAGCUGUGAGAAGCAGCCUGGUGCCAGGCAAACACCCCUACCUCUGGGGCCUUGUGGUUUUCAAGGGUGGGAGAUCAAUAAAGCAAUAACUCUAAAAUUAAGACAAACAAACAAUAACAUACUAGCCCUUUGCAAGUGUCACAUUAAUUCCUGUAGAAGACAAUUAGAAGUAGCUGUUAUGCACAGGUCAUCAGAAUUGGGAGGACAUACACUGAGUGUCCCCCCCAACUUCUCAUCCAACUUCAAUGUGAAGAACCUUAGAUUAAUGUUUUGAUUAAAAAGCAUGAGAUUUUUUUUUAAAUUUGUAUUCACUAUUUACCAGCACAGGCAACUAGUCUGCUUUUGGGGGCAUGCGGUAUUCCAGUACUCACUCGCUUUCUAGAGCUUCUACUCUGGUCAUCUUCUCCAAGAAACCACCCACCCCUGCAAAUGUGUGUGCCUUACUGGAAGGUCUGAAACAAGCACAGCCAUGGAAAGAUUUGAGACAGCGCUUUAUUAAAAUAACUAUUUACAUUCUUUUAACAAACAUUUUGUGGUAUUUCUGGAACUUUUGCUUAGGCAUUGGCUAGUUUUAAAGAUGUAAAAACCUUUCUGGGACUAUUUCCAGGGCAAGGUCGAGAAGGAUGCUGUUUUUUGUUGAAGUGGAGUUUUAAUGGACAUAUUUACAACUUUGUGAAGUGCAAAGACAUUAGUGGAAACAAAUGUUAGAUUUGAUGCAAACAAAAAAUAAAGUGUCAACCACAGUUCAUUCUGCUUAUUAGACAUUGUAGUAAAAGCUUUUCCCCAACAUUCUUAAAAAUGUAUUUUAAAAUGACCUUUGCAGAAAGCUUUAAUUUUUACCAGUAUGCAAUACAGACAUAUUUACAAAUACCACAUGUAGACAGGGCAUUCAAGCCGACUUCACUGUUUUCCUUACCCUCUUUGGGAAGAAUGAUUGUCAAAGCAGAAAUAAGCACACUUGACAUGCGACUAAAGUCAUAAACUAACAUGGGACCCAUUUACAGCCCUAAGGCACUGCUACAGUCUAUGAUAAGUUUAGAGAAAUGUUUAACUUCAGUAUGAGCAAAGACCACGGAGGGGAUGCUUCCAAGUUCAGGGGUGCAGGGUCUUACAGAACAUCUCCAGCACAAACAAACAAUGAGCGCGAACCAUCAUGGGAUUAUAAAUCUGGACCUCCUCCUAACAUCAAAACUGGAUGGCCAAAAAAAGUACAAAAUGUAACAUCCUCCUCUAAUUUUCUCAUACACAAGCCAACUGUUCGCAGCACUUGCAGUUCUGUUUUCCAAAAUGGCCUCGCAUACCUGACUCCCUCAGAGAAUGGUCUCUCUCACUCCUUCCUUCACCAGCAACGAAGAGUACUUUCCUCUUAAAACAAUCUAAAAAUAUGAAACACAUGUCAUGUAGCGAAACAAUGAGUUCGGUAAAAGCCAACAGUAAAGUCAAAAAAGCCAAGAUGAAACAUCUGAUACCCCACAGCAAAUGAAUCUGUCUACACCUUCCAGUUGUGUUUUCUUCCAGCUGCACUGGAAUGGACAUAUAAUAAAGAGGUUAGAUUUAGGAAAACUGUGAUAAUCUGUCAAGGCCCAGUGCCUGGUGCUUAAGGUGAGCGGCUAUUCAUCUGUCAAUCAGCAAGCUCUACCCCAGUCACUGUGCAAUGACGGGAGGAAAGGGGCCCUGGGGAAAGCAUUUGAGUGUAAACUGCUCAGAUGUUGCUGAACAUGCCAUACCCAGGAGUCAUCCCACUGGAUCUGCGAUGGUCCUCUCCUGUCCUUCCUCCUUCCCAUUUCCAACUUCCCUGUUAAGCAGUGAAAUGAAGACCACAGGACUUUGCCCUAAAUCAAUGACCUAGAGUCACUCAAUAGAACCACACUCACUUAUCAAACCUUUCCAAAAAGCUGCUUGAAGAUCACACCAGUUACAUACCUACAUGCACAAGAUACUUCCUUACAGCCUCUGGCACUUGGGUCUUCUAAACCCUGCAGCUAUUUACAGUGUCACCUGGGAGAUGUGGGGUUGAGUAAUGGUGAGUGAAGAGCCUACAGCCCAUCUAUGGCAGACUUCAAGAUAACAUCCUGGCUCUAUGUGGGAUCCAUAUCACACUGAGCUGAAAAGGAUGCAACUGAGCAGAAUGACAGAUAAACAUAACCUACCUGGUGCCCUGGUAUUAAUCCAUAUACAAACCUAUUAAACUCCACUCCUGAAGCCUCAGUUCUUCCCAUCCGGUUGGAAACUUUAUAGCCUAAUACUGACUGUAUAUACCGUACAAUACAGUAACAUACAGAAAAAUAUCCUCACACAUAUUAGAUAUGGUAUGUACACCAAAACUUACACAAGCCAGAUUACAAAAUGUGUACUUUGACUUUGGGACAAAAAUUGUAUAUGAUAUCAAAUAAAAAACAAAAGAACAAAUCCUUAAUAAAUCUGGGGUACAGAGGGAAUGGUUAUAGAACAACCAAACAGGGGUUGUCAGAGAGGUUAAAACAAGCCAGCUACACAGAGCAGAAA